AAGGCUUUAACUGACAACCGCAAGUUUGGAGAGCUUUGGAAAUAGAAUGGAACCUAAGGCCUUUUUAAAAAAAAAACAGUAUCCCUGGUAAUGAGUUUAAAGCCAAAUCCUUUCGAUCAGAAGCCAAAGAAGAAACGGCAGGAGGCCACACUGGAAGCCAAGCCCAAAAAAUCCAGAGUGAAAAAACAAGAGGAAUCGAGCCCGACAGAAGAGCCCAAUGCCCCUGCUCAGGCUGCUGUUAGAAAAGUGAGAAAGAAGAAAGAGGAGAAACCAGCAGUAGAGAGUGAGAAAGACUCCUAUGCCAAAUUAAUAAAAUAUCCCAAGAAAAAGAAAGAAAACCCCUCAACUCAUUCCACGGUUGCAAAGGCUGCAAAAAAGAAACAAGACUCCGAAGAGUAUGAAGAUGAAGAGGAGGAGGAAGAAGAAGAGGUAGAAAGUGAAGAUCCACCAAAAAAGCCAAAAAGGAAGAUCCACAAAGAUACUCCAUCAGGUGAAGCUAAGGAAAGGAAGCCCAAAAGUAAAGGAGACAAAGCUGAAUCAGAUGCCAAGACAAAAAUUGCCAAGCCACUGAAGAAGGAGCCACCCUCUGUGUUCCAAGUGAGCGGGGACAAGAAAGACAAAAAAGUCAAAAAGAAAGAUCUGAAAAAUAGUGAGGCAGAAGAUGAUUCUGAUUCUAGUGCCAAGCCAAUUAAAACUGAAAAAAAGAAGAGUGCAGCUUCCAUGUUUCAGGCCGGGGGAGAAGGCCUCAAGGAGAAGAAAACCAAGAAGAAAGCUCCCCGCAAAGCCACUGAAAAGGACAGUGAUGAAGAGCCCCCAGAAGCAGCUCAGAAGAACACUAACAGGAAAGGAAAAGCAAAGAAGUCCAAGAAGAAGGACGAGAGACCCCCUUCGCCAGUGAUUGAAGUGGACAAUCUGGAGGAGUUUGUGUUGCAGCCUGCUCCUCAGGGAGUGACCAUCAAGUGUCGGGUCACUCGAGACAAGAAGGGGAUGGAUCGAGGCCUCUAUCCUACGUACUACCUUCACCUUGAUAAUGACAAGAAGGUCUUCUUGCUGGCUGGUCGAAAGCGCAAAAAAAGCAAGACCUCUAAUUACCUGGUUUCCAUUGAUCCCACUGACUUGUCUCGAGACGGAGAGAACUUUAUUGGAAAGCUCAGAUCUAAUUUGAUGGGCACCAGGUUUUCAGUGUUUGAUAAUGGUGUAAAUCCUGACAGAGGUAAUGCUGAUUGGUCAAAUGUGCGCCAGGAGCUUGCAGCAGUUGUUUAUGAGACAAAUGUAUUAGGGUUCAAGGGACCCCGAAAAAUGACAGUGGUCAUCCCUGGAAUGAAUUCCGACAAUGAGAGGGUGCCAAUCCGACCCCGAAAUGAUAAUGAUGGGCUACUCGUGAGGUGGCAGAAUAAGAUAAUGGACAACUUAAUUGAACUGCACAACAAAGCCCCCGCGUGGAAUGAAGAGAUCCAGUCCUAUGUGCUGAACUUCCACGGCAGAGUUACUCACGCCUCUGUCAAGAACUUCCAGAUUGUGCACAGCAAUGACCCGGACUACAUUGUUCUGCAGUUUGGCCGUGUGGCUGAUGAUGCUUUUACCAUGGACUACAACUAUCCACUUUGUGCUGUGCAAGCAUUUGCUAUUGCCCUGUCCAGCUUUGAUGGGAAACUGGCCUGUGAAUAGCACACAGGCCUAAGUUGUACUGAGUCUGAGCCAGCGAGACAAAAUUCCUUCUAUCUGGACUGGCCACUGCAGCUGGCCAGUGUUAGCUGGAUGAUGUAAAGCAACUGGAAAUCUUGCAGAAUCUGGAAGCAGGAAUCGCAGCUCAACUGGCAUUACUAAGUGCUGCCAGUACGCAACUGCAGAAAAUCUUGAAGAAUCUUUGAACAUCCAUGGAGUAGGGUUUAGCAGAGAACGUCAUAUGUAUGCAUAUACCCCUGGCAUUUGCCUUGUGAAAGAAACAAUGUUCAAACAGCUGCUUUAAGCUGCAGUAUUUUGGACCAUGACUCUAGGAUAUUAUAGCAUUUUUGUAUUCUCUGUUAAUUUACUCACUCCCAAGGGAUCUGGAACCAGCUAAUGGGCUCAGGCUAUCAAAUAGUCACUUCCUGUAUAUACAUACUUAACAACCAAGACUAGCUGUUGUUUGAUCCUUUGAAUCCCAGGAACAGUUGACUUUUUAAAAAGAUUCUCUACAGGGGUCUGUGUGAGUGCUGUAUUUGGUCAACUACAUUUUAAAUGGAAAAAGGAAGCUUUUCCCCCUGUACUGAUAAUGACCAAUAAAAGAGCAACUGGUGGGACAAGG